AUGGCGUCGCUGUGUAAGUGGAAAUGGCGUAAGAAGAUCGUAAAGGAGACUUCCGAUGCUGCAGCGCUGGUUCAGUGUUCCAAUUCACCUAAAUCUGAGAACCGGAUACACCAGGCAUGCUUUUUGGACUUGCUUUCCAAGAAUGAUGAAACUGAAAGUGUUUGCGCGGUCGUCUGCGGCAAGCGCUGCUUCAAUGCCGUGUUAAAAGCUUUGAAAGCAGCUGACAAUCCUGUCUCGACAUCCAAGAAGCGGGUUGCGUGGCACAACGACGGCCCGACUCCAACAAGUACUCUCGCUAUCGAGGUGGAGACGCUCAAAGUGGUGAAACAAAGAGCACCAUUGCGGUUCAUCUCGUCGUGCGGUGUGACGACGUAUCGGACUGCGAAGGAUAUCCAAUCCAAGAUCUCGAGUCUUGAGCAGUCGUUCAAGACGGCUACCGACUGGCUAGGAGCAACGGGGCAAGGUGUUCAGGAUGAAAAGUGUCUCCGUGAUGCGAUUCUAUCUCGAUGCCCGUACUACUAUGACUGGUACGGCACCAUGAACGACCGUGACAGCACGACGCCUUUGAGGCUCAAUAUGGACGCCAUCGAUGUGAGUGAGGAAAGUAGCACUGACGACAAUUCCGAUGAUGGCUCUGCAUCUAAUGAAGGUGAUGUCAGCUCGAUUGAGGGGGUCACUACCGAGCCCACUGGAAUUAACAGCGAUGCGGUAGUACCUCGUGAAAGUGAGGAGUACGCCGAGUUCAAUUGGUUCUGUCAGCUCGAAAUUCAAGGACACCGCGGAUGA